AUGGCACCAACUAUCGUCUUGAUUAGCGGCGCGAACCGAGGUUUAGGCAAAGGACUCCUUGAGCUCUACCUCGCUAGGCCGCACCAUGUCGUCAUCGCCGCGAAUCGCAACCCAGAUCACCCUACGUCGAAAGCUCUUGCCGAGCUACCCAAAGGGACAGAUACCCGCCUCAUUGUUAUUAAAAUCGACGCCUCUGUUGAAUCUGAUGCUGCUGAGGGUAUCAAACAGUUAACUGCACAGGGCAUCGACCAUAUAGAUAUCGCCAUUGCGAAUGCUGGUGUCUGCUAUGUCUUCCCCAAGAUCUCGGAAAUUAAGACUGUGGAUCUACAAGGACAUCUUACUCCUAACCUCUUUGGCGUGGUAUGGCUAUACCAGGCUGCAAUUUCGCUCUUAAAGAAGUCUACGAAUCCUAAGUGGAUAACUAUGGGCUCUGUUGGAGGAAAGAUAUUGUAUAGGGAUCAACCUGAUGUUCCACACGCGGCUUAUGGACCGUCGAAAGUUGCAGUUCACUGGGUAACCAAGCGUAUCGACAAGGAAGAAAACUGGCUUACGGCAUUUGUGAUUCACCCAGGCCUAGCAGACACCGAGAUGGGCCAAACCGCUCUUGCAGGCCUCGUAGAAGUCCACGACAACAUCCCGGUAAAACUUAUAACGGUUCAAGAAUCAUGCCAAGGAAUGAUAAGCGUAAUCGAUGCAGCUACAAAGGCCACCCACGGAGGGCGACUCGUGGCCUAUACUGGGGAUGUGGAUACAUGGUAGACAAGGUCGGAAUUGAGGAUCAUUACAUGCUUACUGUUGCAAACUCAUAUGUCUCCGGGGACAUACGGAGAUCUGCCAUAUCGACGAAACUAUUCGAAGGAGAAAGGGGGUAACUAGUUGCUUGGGAACUUGUACGGGCCAUGGCCAGUUGAGAGUACGUGUAUGGUCUGCUAAGUUAGGUAUAGCUACGUAGUGUAUGCGUAUGCGUAGUGUAUGAUUGUAUGAGAAAUACUCUGGCUUCUACAUACUUACCGGUCCUUUGUUAUCU